AUGGACCCGGACGAAGCCCUCGCCCGCGCUCUUCAGGAAGAGGAAGACCGCGCCGCCGCCGCCGCGCUCCUCGCCGCCGAGCGUCAAGACGGCGGGGGCGAACACGCGCGGCGCGUCGCAUUCGGCGCCCGGCUCGAGUCGGGGGUGCGGACCGCGCUGGCUUUCGAGGAUCCCGCCGCGCGCGCGCACGCGCUGAGCGUCGUGCCCGUCGACAGGCUCGAGGCGGAGGCCGCCGCGCUCGUGGCGGAGUCGGAGGCGGCGGCGAACGCGCACGACGCCGAGGACGGGGACGACACAGCUGGCGCGAAGCCCCUGUCGCUCGAGGACGCCGUGCUGCUCCGCGCGCUCCGAUGGUUCAAGCGCGAGUUCUUCACGUGGUGCGACAAGCCCGCGUGCAAGACGUGCGGGUUCAAAGACGUCCGGCACGAGGGAACGGGCGAACCCACCGCGGAGGAGCGCGCGCACGACGCGGGGCGGGUCGAGACGUACAGGUGCCCGCUGUGCCAGGCGGUGACGCGUUUUCCCAGGUACAACGACGCGCGAAAGCUGCUGGAGACUCGGACGGGCCGGUGCGGCGAAUGGGCCAACGCGUUCACGCUGAUUUGCCGCGCGAUGGGGUACGACGUCCGGUGGUGUCUCGACUGGACCGAUCACGUGUGGACGGAGGUGUGGAGCGUCUCGCAGAACAGGUGGCUUCACUGCGACAGCUGCGAGGACGUCUGCGACAAGCCGCUGCUCUACGAUAAAGGCUGGGGGAAGCGGCUUACGUACGUGGUGGCGUUCGGCAAGGACGAGGCGGUGGACGUGACGCGGCGGUACGUCGCGGACUACGCGCGGUGUCUCGGACGACGGACGGAGUGUCACGAAGAGUGGCUGGCGGCGACGUUGGGGGCGCUC